CCACGGCCGGAUGAGGAGGCCGAGUCGCGCCGCCGUCUGGAGGACCUGCUGUACAGCAUCUUCUCUUCAGACAACCCAGAGGUCGAGGUGCACACAGCAGUGUUCUGUCCCAGUCGCCCCCAGGGUGUCUUGGACGUCCAGCGCGCUGCCAGCCCAGAGCACAUGGUCCCCCUAAUGGAUCGCCAGACCCAAACGGAUGAUCGGAGACAUACCCACAGGGGAGACUACCUCCCUAGGGAGGGAGCCAGGAAAUUCACAGCUCCAUGUAACUCCACGGUGUUUCUCUAGAAGGAUCCACCAUGAAGAAGGUCAAAAAGAAAAAGUCUGAUUCCAGGCGCCGCAGGAAUUCCAUUUCACCGCAGACUAGCUCCGACUGCUCACACCGGCCCAGCUCAGAAACCCAGCGGUCAUGUCCAGACCCCUGCUCACCACCGCAGACACAGUCUCUCCAGGAGUCCAUCCCCCCACACCAAAUUAGCCCUGAGCCUAAACUGCAACAGCCUUCAUCACAACCUCUCCUACCUCCAGAAGAACGUAUCUCAUCUCCGUGCCUGGUAUCCACGGAACCUAAGCCUCCAUGCAGAAAAGCAGCAGUGCCUCUGACCUAUGCGGCCCCGCGCUCCUGCUCCUGUGUGGUCUGCCCUGGCAGCUCCGCUUGCUGGCGUCGUCUGGGGCUUUGCCAUAGCCGAAUCUUUGAUGUCCUUCUGCCUCGGGACUGGUCGUCUAUGCCAGGGAGAGGAUUCCCAAACCUUCUCACCUUCUACAGAAAACCUUCAAGGAAAUACUGCACUUCCCGUAACUCUCGUGCUUCAAGCCCUCGGAACUGUUGCUGUGGCUCUGGGGGCCCUGGGAGUUGCCUACUUCAUGGCUGAAUCCUUGUGAACUGGACCCCAGGCCCACGGUCCGGCAGGGCUUCAUGGUGUGGCACCCCAAAUAUGCCACUCUCCAGAAGGACUAUUUGCAGUAGAAAGCCAUUGAGAAGAAGAAGGUUGCCUCUGCCCUCUUUGGUCUACCUGGAAACAAUAUAAUUUCUGCUAUUAACAAUGAGGUGACCCCACCCCAGGAAGGGUGAACAGCUCCCAGGAAAACCAUCCCACACAAAGUCUGCCUUGUCCCCAUAUCGGUGUCCUUCCCCAGUUGGCCACCAUUCACGCUCAAACCUUUUACAGUUUCCCUACAAAAUUCUUGCUCUGUCCCCCGCUUCCUUUGUGCCACUGCUCUGUGCACAGGCACCGGCUCAUUCAGAACUUGUUUUUCUCUUGCU